AUCUUUGUUCAAGUGUUGUUGUUGGUGUUUGGUGUUGAUUAUUUUGAUUGAUUGUGGUCGGAUAUCUGUUAUUAUUGAAUUUUUGGGAAAUUAUUUUAGUGGUGCACAUCAUUUCACAAGUUAAAAUGACUGUAAACAACACUAUAGCACAUCAACGAUUGGUUUUAACCGGAGACAGGGAAAGAUUCAAAGAGCUUUUGAGAAGAAGAUUGAUUGAAUGCGGCUGGAGAGAUCAAGUUAGAAUGCUCUGCCGAGAUGUGGUCAAGGAAAAUGAAAGUAACAACAUCACAUUUGAUAUGCUAGCAGCCAGGGUUACUCCUCGUGCAAGAGCUUUAGUUCCAGACACAGUGAAGAAAGAACUCCUUCAGAAAAUAAAAACACAUCUACUCACUCAAAAAGAUCAAUAGGCAGAACUCCUUUGCUUUCCACAUUAUUUUAAGUAGCUUGUCUUAUUUUAUCAAUUCCUAAAUAAUAAGAUCAUAUUUUUAUUUGCUUAGUUUAACAUAAGGUCUAUAUUUAAUUUGAUCAAGUUUGGUUAAGUCAUUUAUAUUUUUGAAUAAUCAUUUGACUAUUCACAAUGUUGCUACUUGGGACAAUUCUGUAACAUUUCUGAAUGUAACAAUAAAAAAACUUUGAAUUACAACCAACAGUAUAUUUUAUUUUAUAAACAUUUA